UGAAGUCGUACACAAAAAAACUUUGACACAAGGAAGGUACGUGGGGAAAAUCCUGUGGUGGAUUCAGUCUGUGAGGGCUGGCUGAAGGCAUGGCGGACAAAGAUGAAGAGGGGAGCUGCAGUAUUUACCCGUCGACCCUGCUUCCACUCGGCAGUGGGAUCAAGGACACCAUGGAGAAGUUUUUGGCAGAAAGGACCGAAGCCAAUAUGUGGACAGCUGUGCUGAUCGGAGCUGUGUCGAUGAUUUCUUUCGUUGGAGUCGUUGUGUUCCUUCUUUACAGACGAUACAAACUGUCAAAGGAGAAGGCCGGGGUUCCCCACUAUCGCUUUCGCAAGAGGGAUAAGGUGAUGUUCUACGGCAGAAAGAUCAUGAGGAAGGUCCAGACGUUGUCCUCUGCCCCUGCCUCAAAUUCAAACUCAGCUUCACGGCAGCGAGUGAGGAAGAGGACCAAAGUCCUCUCUAUUGCCCGCAAGAUCCUGCGCAUCCGGAGAGAACCCCCCACCCUGCAGCCCAAGGAGCCCCCACCCUGUCUUCUGGAGGCUGACCUGACGGAGUUCGACGUACAGAACUCCCAUCUGCCCUCAGAGGUGUUGUACAUGCUGAAAAAUGUAAGGGUGCUCGGCCAUUUUGAAAAGCCUCUUUUCCUGGAGCUGUGUCGCCACAUGCUGCUGAUCCCGCUGCACCAGGGAGAGGCGCUCUUCAGACCGGGCGACACCGACGACAGUAUUUACGUGGUUCAAGAUGGCCGCCUGGAGCUGUGCAUCCACGAGAGUGAUGGAACAGACGCUGUGGUGAAGGAAGUGUUACCAGGAGACAGUGUUCACAGUUUGCUCAGCAUCAUGGACAUAAUAACUGGCUAUCCAGCGCCUUACAAAACUGUCUCUGCAAGAGCUGCCGUUCCCUCCACUGUCCUGCGUCUUCCAGCUGCAGCCUUUCAGUCAGUGUUUGAAAAAUAUCCUGAAACUCUGGUCCGUGUCAUACAGAUAAUCAUGGUGCGUCUACAGAGAGUGACCUUCCUUGCCUUACACAACUACCUCGGCCUGACCACGGAGCUCUUCAACCCGGAGAGCCAAGCCAUCUCACUGGUGUCGGUGGCCCAUGUUCUGGGUGAUGGUCAUCCACACAGAGGCCUCCGUAGGCAGCCUUCCCACUCUGAUGAUCAGGGCUCUGAGAAAUCGGACACAGAAAAGUCCGGCCUCUCUGAAGUGCCCACAUCCAAGUACACAAAGUCUCGCUCCCUCUCCACCCCAAUGGCUGUGACAGGUAAUGUGUCAGACGACCUCAACAGAGUGUAUGAAAGGGCUCGGGUAGCCAAAGAGGAAACGGUGUCACAAAGUCCUGUGAAGUCUAUAUUAAAGAAGAGUGUCACGAUGCUGCACACUCCAUCUGCUAUUUAUCACUACAGUGAAGCUGGAGGAGGAAACGUCAACCAUAAUAAAGUCAAUGCAAUUUUCCAAGCAGCUAAAAAGGAUCUGCUGCAAGUCAUCCCCCUACAGAACCCCAGCCUGCUGGAGGGGAGGGUGAAUCUGCGACAGGUCAAAGCCGGCACUGCUGUAGGCAACCAGGGAGACCAGGAUGUGAGCAUUGCGUUCGUCAUCUCGGGGUUACUCCACGUCUACCAGCGUAUGAUCGACCGUGAGGAGGACACCCUGCUGUUUGUCACCCACCCGGGGGAGAUGGUGGGUCACCUGGCUGUUCUCACAGGAGAGCCCCUGAUUUUCAGUGUCCGCGCUCAGAGAGACUGCACCUUCCUCUCCAUAUCUAAGGCUCACUUCUACGAGAUAAUGCGCGAGGAGCCCAGGGUGGUGUUGAACGUAGCUCACACUGUGGUGAGGAGGGUUUCACCAUUCGUCAGGCAGAUUGACUUUGCUCUGGACUGGAUGGCUGUGGAGGCUGGACGGGCGGUCUACAGACAGGGAGACAAGUCCGACAGCACCUUCAUUGUGCUCAGUGGCCGUCUGCGUUCUGUCAUUGCAAAGGAUGAUGGGAAGAAGGAGCUGGCUGGAGAGUAUGGCCGUGGGGAUCUUAUCGGUGUUGUUGAAGCCCUGACCCAUAUGAACCGAGCCACCACAGUCCACGCUGUCAGGGACUCGGAGCUGGCCAAGCUUCCUGAAGGAGCUCUGAACUCCAUCAAGAGGAGGUACCCUCAGGUUGUCACGAGGCUCAUUCAUCUGCUUGGACAGAAGAUCCUGGGAAACAUGCAGCAGGUCAAUGGACCUCUGGCUGCUCGUAGUCUGGGUCUCCACACCCCCACCAGUAAGUGGGAUGCUGGGAAUCCAGCCUCUAACUUGUCCACUGUGGCCAUCCUGCCAGUGUCUGAGGAUGUUCCCCUCACUGCCUUCACUCUGGAGCUGCAGCACGCGCUCAGUGGAAUUGGCCCCACGCUCCUCCUGACCAGUGACUCCAUCAAACAGCGACUCGGCUCUGCUGCUCUGGACAGCGUCCACGAGUACCGUCUGUCCAGUUGGCUCGGGCAGCAGGAGGACAUCCAUCGCAUCGUCCUCUACCAGUCUGACUCCAGCCUCACGCCCUGGACCCAGCGCUGCAUCCGCCAGGCGGACUGCAUCAUCAUCGUGGGACUGGGUGAGCAGGAGCCCACAGUGGGUGAGUUGGAGCGCAUGUUGGAGGGGAGUGCAGUCCGGGCUCAGAAGCAGCUCGUCCUGCUUCACAAGGAGGACGGCCCGCCUCCCAAAGGCACCGCCAUGUGGCUGAACAUGCGCAGCUGGAUCUCCAAACACCAUCACCUGUCCUGCCCGCGCCGAGUCUUCUCCAGGAGGAGUUUACCCAAGCUGAGAGAGCUGUACCAGCGUGUGUUUGAAAAGGGUCCCGAUCGUCAUUCUGACUUCUCUCGUCUGGCCAGGAUCCUGACAGGAAACAGCAUCGCCCUUGUGCUGGGAGGAGGCGGAGCCAGGGGUUGCUCUCAGGUCGGCAUCCUGCGGGCGCUGAACGAGGCGGGGAUCCCCGUCGACAUGGUGGGCGGCACGUCCAUCGGCUCCUUGAUGGGAGCGCUGUACGCCGAGGAGAAGAGCAACAGUCGCAUGAGGGUCCGCGCUCGAGAGUGGUCCAUGGAUAUGACGUCUUACUUUAAGAAGAUCUUGGAUCUGACCUACCCGGUCACCUCCAUGUUUUCUGGAGCUUCCUUUAACUCUGGCGUCAGCUCCGUCUUCAAGGACAAACAGAUAGAGGACCUGUGGCUGCCGUACUUCAACAUCACAACAGACAUCACAGCUUCCUCCAUGAGGGUUCACACUGACGGCUCGUUGUGGAGAUAUGUCCGGGCCAGCAUGUCUCUGUCUGGUUACCUGCCGCCUCUCUGCGAUCCCAAAGAUGGACACUUGCUCAUGGACGGAGGAUACAUCAACAACCUGCCCGCUGAUGUGGCUCGCUCCAUGGGGGCAAAGGUUGUGAUCGCAAUUGAUGUUGGGAGCCGGGAUGAAACCAAUCUGACAAACUACGGCGACUCUCUGAACGGCUGGUGGUUGCUGUGGAAACGCUUCAAUCCUCUGGCAGAGAAAGUCAAGGUCCUGAACAUGGCGGAGAUCCAAACCCGGCUCGCUUACGUCUGCUGUGUGCGGCAGCUGGAAGUGGUCAAAGAGUGUGAAUACUGCGAGUACAUCCGACCUCCCAUCGACCACUACGGCACUCUAGACUUUGGCAAGUUCGACGAGAUAGCUGAGGUGGGAUACCAGCACGGGAAGACGUUGUUCGAUGUGUGGCAGCGCAGCGGCGUGGUGGACAGCAUGCUUAAAGACAGACAUCAGGAGGAGUUCCACAAGACCACAACUGGCCAUGUGGUCACCUGUCCCAAUGCCUCUUUCACUGACCUGGCAGAGAUAGUGUCCAGAAUUGAACCUGUCAAACCUGCCUUGAUUAAUGAGGAACUUUCUGAUGAGUACCAGACAGACUACGACGAGGAGGCGGUGGAAAGCGCCCUGUCGGACUAUGAGGCAUUCAACGCCGGCAGUGAAUACACUGAGGGAGAGGAGACAGCAGACACUGCAGAAACAGAUGAAGAAAUUCAAAUCAGAAGUCGACGUCGGCCCAAGAAUCCCUCACAAAGCUCUCAGCCAUGACAUUCAUGACAUCUGCUCUGACUUCCUGUUAGAGCUGCUGAGUGUGUCCACACGUUUCAGUGCAGUUAUGCUGAUAGUCACUGAUCAUUAGCAUGCUAAUGAUCCACAGAGGCCUACAUUACUAGCUCCGUCCACCAGUAAGUUUAGAACUGAAGAAGCCUUUCAGAGGAGGAGAGGUGAAACAUCCUCAAGAUCUUCAACUAAGUCCAGUUGCCUUUGGAUCAAGCUUCAAUUUUACCAUGACCUGGAUGACUGAGAACCUGCACAGACAGCUGCUAACCUUUGAAAUGUAUGCAUGACAAACAUGCAGCCAAGAAGCAUGCUCAGUGUGCAGGACACAAAGCUGGUGAGGAUUUCUGGGCUCAUACCCGUGAGCACAAGGAGGAGUGAAGACCCACAAGGUGUCUCAUUUUCCUGCACAUUUCAGCGGUCUAAAAAAGUUCAUCUACAAAAGGGGUUCUCACUCAAAUGCCCCACAACAAUCUAGGAAAUCUAUUCAUUCAUUUAUUUAGUUUUUUUGUUUUGUAGUCUCUAGCUCAGCUGAGGAAUGAAACAUGGACAUUAAGGGAAUUGCACCCUGAGCGCCUUGAAACUGUGUAAAAGAUUGAUGUCUUCAUACACCACAUAAACAUACGCACAACUUUUCAAUAUCAUCUUUUAUAAUAUGCAGUGCCAAUCUCUUAGGGCUUUCACACUUGCAGAAAACUCCUGAAAAACUCCUGAUACUUCCAGGAGGAGGAGCUGUAUGUGUGAACGCAAACAGCUACAUUUUUAACUCUGACUUCACCCGGAGUUUCUCCUGCCAGACCCCUAGUAUUUUUUC